AUGACGCCUGAGGACCAAGAGGAGACCCAGCCGCUCCUGGGGCCGCUCGGCGGCAGCGCUCCCCGCGGCCGCCGCGUCUUCCUCGCCGCCUUCGCCGCUGCCCUGGGACCACUCAGCUUCGGCUUCGCGCUCGGCUACAGCUCCCCGGCCAUCCCGAGCCUGAGGCGCGCCGCGCCCCCGGCCCCUCACCUCGACGAAGACGCAGCCUCCUGGUUCGGGGCCAUCGUGACCCUGGGCGCCGCGGCCGGGGGCCUGCUGGGCGGCUGGCUCGUAGACCAAGCGGGGCGCAAGCUGAGCCUCCUCCUCUGCUCCAUGCCCUUCGUGGCCGGCUUCGCCGUCAUCACCGCGGCUCAGAACCUGUGGAUGCUGCUCGGAGGCCGUCUGCUCACCGGCCUGGCCUGUGGCAUUGCCUCGCUCGUGGCCCCGGUCUAUAUCUCUGAAAUUGCUUACCCUGAGGUGCGAGGGCUGCUCGGCUCCUGUGUGCAGCUGAUGGUGGUCACAGGCAUCCUCCUAGCCUACCUGGCAGGCUGGAUGCUCGAGUGGCGCUGGCUGGCCGUGCUGGGGUGUGUGCCCCCCUCCUUCAUGCUGCUGCUCAUGUGUUUCAUGCCUGAGACCCCUCGCUUCCUGCUGUCUCAGCACAAGCGCCAGGAAGCCAUGGCCGCCAUGCAGUUCCUAUGGGGCUCUGCCCAGGGCUGGGAGGAGCCCCCCAUUGGGGCUGAGCACCAGGGCUUCCACAUGGCCCAGCUGUGGCGUCCUGGCGUCUACAAGCCCUUCAUCAUCGGCAUCUCCCUGAUGGCCUUCCAGCAGCUGUCGGGCAUCAAUGCCGUCAUGUUCUAUGCAGAGACUAUCUUUGAGGAGGCCAAGUUCAAGGACAGCAGCCUGGCCUCAGUCAUCGUGGGCCUCAUCCAGGUGCUGUUCACUGCCACAGCGGCCCUGAUCAUGGACAGAGCCGGACGGAGGCUGUUGCUGACCUUGUCAGGUGUGGUCAUGGUGUUCAGCACCAGUGCCUUUGGCGCCUACUUCAAGCUGACCGAGGGCGGCCCCAGCAACUCCUCGCACGUGGACCUCCCAGCACACCUCUCCAUGGAGCCCACCGAUACCAACACGGGGCUGGCCUGGCUGGCAGUGGGCAGCAUGUGCCUCUUCAUCGCUGGCUUUGCUGUGGGCUGGGGGCCCAUCCCCUGGCUCCUCAUGUCUGAGAUCUUCCCUCUGCCCGUCAAGGGCGUGGCCACCGGCGUCUGUGUCCUUACCAACUGGUUCAUGGCAUUUCUGGUGACGAAAGAGUUCAGCAGCCUCAUGGAGGUUCUCAGGCCCUAUGGUGCCUUUUGGCUGGCCUCUGCCUUCUCCAUCUUCGGUGUCCUUUUCACUGUGGCCUGUGUCCCUGAGACCAAAGGGAAGACUUUGGAGCAAAUCACAGCCCAUUUUGAGGGGCGAUGA